AUGAAGAUAAUGCUGGGCAAGCUGCCGAGGCCGUGGAUAGUAGACGACGCGAAGGACGACGGCUACACGGCGCUGCACCUCGCCGCCCUGAACAAUCACGCGGAGGUCGCCGAGCUGCUGGUGCGCGGCGGCGCCCGGCCCGACCUGCAGAACGCCAACCUGCAGACCGCCCUGCACCUCGCCGUCGAGCGUCAGCACACGCAGAUCGUCCGGCUGCUCAUCGCACACGGCGCGGAUUUGAACAUCUGCGACAAGGACGGCGACACGGCGCUGCACGAGGCGCUCCGCCACCACACGCUGCAGCAGCUGCGCCGGCUGCAGGACGCCCGCGACGCCGCCGCGCUGGGCGCUCUCUCGCACGCCAACGACAAGAAGUCAUCGGCGUCCAUCGCCUGCUUCCUGGCCGCGCACGGCGCCGACCUCACGCUCAAAAAUAAAAAGGGGCAGACCCCGCUCGACUUGUGCCCCGAUCCGAAUCUGCGUAAAACACUGACGACCUGCCGCAAAGAGGGCUCUGGAAUGGCGAGCGACGGUACGCCUGACGGCGAGGGCAGCUCGCUGGGCGCGUCGGGCAGCGGUGCAUCCGCCUCCACCAGCGCCGCAGCGCCGGACACGGCCAGCAGCGAGCCACCGCCGUCGUCGGAUCCCACGGCGGACGAGUGCCUCGUCUGCUCCGACGCCAAACGGGACACGAUGUUCCGCCCCUGCGGCCACAUAUGCUGUUGCAACGUCUGCGCCGCUAGGGUGAAGAAGUGCCUCGUAUGCCGCGCGGGCGUGUGCGCGCGUCGGCGCGUGGGCGAGUGCGUGGUGUGCUCGGAGGCGCCGGCCACCGUGGUGUUCCGGCCGUGCGGGGACGUGUGCGCGUGCGCCGCCUGCGCGCCCCUCAUGCGCAAGUGCGUCGAGUGCCGGACGCCGCUGCAGCCGAACGCCAACGUGCACGUCGAUAAGGAGGGCGGCAGCAACCUCGCCCAGGUGCAGGUGAACAAGGGGCAGCCGGCGCCCACGCAGGCCGCGCCCCACCACAUGAACAACGGGCUGCGGUCCGCGCCCCCCGCGCCCCCAGCGCCCCCCGCACCCGCCGCCGCCGCGCCCCCUCCCGCGCCCCCCGCACCGCCCGCACCGCCCGCGCCCACCGCCCCGCCGGCCGCCGACGUCCAGAAACUGCAACAGCAGCUGCAGGACAUCAAGGAGCAGACGAUGUGCCCGAUCUGCUUGGAUCGGCUGAAGAACAUGAUCUUCCUGUGCGGCCACGGGAUGUGCCAAAUGUGCGGCGACCGAAUCACCGUCUGCCCAAUCUGUCGCAAACAGGUCGAGAAACGCAUCUUGCUUUAU